CAAUAAAUCAACAGUAAUAAUCAUGUUUUGUCUAUUAUGGAAGCCAGAUAGAAUCCACACAUGAACAGAUAAAACAUUCAAACUCCAUGCAAAAGGGCCCCAUCCUGGGAACCAUACCAAGGACCUUUCUGCUUCAUGACAACAGGCCUGAGCCUUGGUGUUUGCAACCCUAUAUACUAAAUCUCUGCAAAAUAAAGAGCAGUAUUAAACUCUUGAUGCAGAGUCACUUCACAUAACAGAUGGAAUACGGCAAUAAAAAAAAAAUCCUAACUGAAGCACCAUCUAAAGAGAAAAGAGGAGGUUUAGGCAAAAUUGGUGUUUAGAAUGGACAUGACCCUGGUCACACCUCCAAAUAAGGUAUAAAAUAUCUUAAGAAAAAAAUAAAAAAUAAAUAAAUAAAUGUAGUAAAAGCUUAUACAUAGCAAAUGUACUAGCAGAAAGCCAAAGAGGAACAAUUUUAUAGAAUACAUUUUUGACUUUUAAAGCUUAAUGUCAAAAAUAGAAAUUGGCAAAUAUAUUUACACAAUAUGAAAUAAAUUAUAUAAAUGUAAUUUGAAACAUUAAAACAAGAAUGAUUUACACAAACUUAUUAAUUAGAAGCCAACCCUUCUCCCCAACCUAAUUUCUGUAACACCUGAGUUUGCAAAUCACCCAUUUGAUAACAAUGGGCUGUUGGUUACUCAGUUUACAAGGUCAACAUUCAGAUAAUUAGCUCUCCGUUACAACAACAACAAAGGUUAGUCAGAAUAAAUCACAGUCUUGCUUUCCCAAAAGACCAAAUUACUAGAAUAAAUGAGGUGUUUCAGAAUUUCUUUUUAAGCAUGUAUCAUAAAAUUGAUCUCAUGGGGUAAAAAAGGCAAUGUAUUGUUGCAGCACAGAGGUCAUAUUUGGAGGUAUCUGCCUGCUGAUAUGAACAUAUGCCUUAAAUAGAGGAAGAGGGACUGGCUCUAUAAGAGGGAAGGGAUCAGGUAGACUAAUCAUGACAGUUACCACAUAUGCUGGAUUGUAAUCUUGUCGUAUAUUCAUACAUUAUAUUUUCUUAUGAAUCCUAUAUUUUCUGUUUUCAGAUAAGGGAUUGACACUGGAGCGUUGUCUUUCAGCAAAGGCUGUAGGUAACCGUGAUGUCUACCUUUAGAUCUAUUUUAAACAGCUCUGUCAUCAUUCACCCACCAGGCUUCUACAUCAUUGGAUUUCAGUCAUUUCCAUUCAUAUCUGCGUACAUCAUCUUCCUAGCAUUUAUUUACAUGCUUUCAGUCGUGUUCAACAGUCUGCUUAUCUAUAUAAUUGCUGUUAAUCACUGUUUGCAUACUCCAAAAUUUUUGGCCAUCACCAACCUGGCAGUGAUAGAUUUAGUGCUUAACACCUGCAUUAUUCCCAGCAUGAUAAAAGUUUUUCUUAUCAAAGAUAAUUUUGUUCCAUUUAACCUGUGUCUUGUUCAAAUGUUUGUAUAUUAUGCAUUUGUAACACUGGAGUCAUAUGCGGUUACUAUACUGGCCUAUGACAGGUUGAUUGCUAUAUGCUUCCCUUUUAGGCAAAAUUCAAUCAACACAGUGCGCAGCAUGCUCUGUAUUAUCAGCACUUCCUGGUGUUUUGGUCUCGGACUGUCCACAUUCACAACAAGCUCAAUGACGCGCCUGUCUUUCUGCAACUCUGUCAGAGUGUUCAGUUACUUUUGUGACUAUGCACCUGUAUUUAGACUUGCUUGUAAUGAUUACUCAUUGCAGUGGUCUGCAGCUUCAUGGCUCUCGGUUUUGCUUCUUGGAGUACCUUUUGUUUUCAUUUUUCUCACUUACAUGUGUAUCCUGGGGACUGUGUUUAAAAUGAAAUCUUUGGACCGUCGAGUGAAAGCUUUGACCACAUGCAUUGAACAUAUAAUUGUUGUUGCUAUCUUUUACAUUCCUCUGCUUGUUAUUUUUAGCAUUGGGUUUUAUGUUAAAGUAGUCGAACCAGAUAAAAGAGUUCUGAGCCUCUCACUCGCCUCAUGCAUGCCUCCUUGCAUUAAUCCUAUUGUUUAUUCACUAACAACUAAAGAGAUAAAAAUCAGGGCACAGGCAAUCUUCAGAAAAAACAAAGUUAAUGGAAAGAUUUAGUCAAAAUCCCAACUAGUCUUUGUGGGCUUCAGAGCACAAAAAUGACCUAGAAACAAUGAUGAAUUACAUAGCGUAAAAGGUGUGCUACAACAACAAUAAUCACUGCUAAAAUAAAAAAUUUUGUGUCCUAUUUGGCCAACUUUGUGGUUUCAUUUAAAAGCACUAUUUUAUUCCUUAACAGAUACCUGAUCUAUAAAUUAUUAACUAUUUCAUAAAAUAAAGUUUUGGUCAAUCCAUCUGUAUUUUGUGUCAUCAAC